AUGUCGGUCUCCAAGCUGCAGGAUGCAGAUGAGGUUUUCGAUUUUACCGCUGUGGUUCCAGAGACGCCGCGUUUGGACAGCAGUUUGCAGAAGGCUCGAGCACGGCUGUUAGCCAAGAGCCGGCGGCACCGGCCCUCGCGCUCCCGCCUGCGAGACAGCGCCAGCUCCACCGAGGGCGAGGAGGGGCUGGAGGCGGCGGGAGCCGAGGGCAGCCCCGCAGCCCCCGGCCGUUCGCCCCCCGCCGCUCCGCUGCUCCUGGCCCCCUCGCCCUCCUCCCGCUCGGAGUUCUCCUUCGAGGCGGGGGCGGUGUGCAGGGUGUUGGGGGAUCCCACCCCGGCCCCCUCGCCGCCCCUCGGCCGCUAUCGGCCCCUCACCAACGCCUCGUCCCAGGAGGGGCUGGCGGGGACACCUUCGCCCAAGUCCUGCCCCAGCUCCGACAGCUCGCCCGGCUUCGCUCGCCGCGAUGCGUGGCUCCAGCGGCACAGCGAAGAUGACAGCAGGGACAUGAGCCCCCCCGAGCCGGCCAGCCCCACCGUGGGGCUGGAUAAGAAGACGAGGAGAAAGUUCCUGGAUUUGGGGGUCACCCUUCGCCGGGCAUCCUCCAGCAAGAGCCGCAAGGAGAAGGGCAGCAACCGCCUGUCCAUGGGCAGCAGGGAGGUGUCAGAAGGUCCCGGCCGCCCCUCGGGGUCGCCCUUCCUGCCCUUCUCCUGGUUCUCAGAUGGUGCCCGGGGCUCAGCCUCACCUGGCUCUGCAUCACCCACCAGUUCCCCCCGGCACGAUGGGCUCAGCCCUGCCAAAUCUGCCUCCCAGGACUCAACGCUGAGUGAGGACUCCCCACCGCCCAGCUCCAGCCCUCGUCUGCCCGGCCCUGCUGCCACCAAGUGCUCCUACCCCUACCACACACUGUCACAAUCCUCAGACGAGUUCCUGGAUGAGCCCCCCGGCGCGGCCAUGGGCUGGACGUGCCACCAGGUCGGGCAGUGGCUGGAGAGCCUCAGCCUGGAGCAGUACGUGGAGGAGUUCUCAGCUCAUGGCAUCGAUGGCCCCCGGCUCCUGCAUCUCGAUGGGGCCAAGCUCAAG